AUGCAAUUGAAAGUACCAUUCGAAUACGAAUCCGAAACCAAGGACUUCGACUUUGAAAAAUACUACUAUUAUUUUAUAAAAACCAAUCCAAACGUUUGUUAUGGCGAUAAAGAUGCUUUACAACUUAUUAAAAAAUACGCUGUAAAAAGCAAAUACGAAUAUCUUCACCCAUCAUCGUUCGAUUCUAGUAGUCAUUACGUUCGUGCCUUAAAAGACGAUGUUUUUGGUGACAAAUUAAGCAACGUUUUCAAAAGCCUUAACUAUGAUUCUGUGGGUGUUAUAUUUAUUAAACUAGUCAAAUUAUUAAAUCCAGAUGGAGAAGA